AGCAAAACAAUAAAGAGAUAUAAAGGGCUUUGAUAUCAAUGAUACACAUCGGGAUGACUCUGUGUGCCAGAGACUUAUCAUGUGCGGUUACCGGUUUCGGUCAUGUUAUAGUGACCCGGGCGAAAAGUUUUAUCUCGCGGCUUCGCCGCUCCUGGGUCCGGCCGAAGAUCUGUCGGCUGCAGCCGACAUUACUGAAGUAUUCUGCCGAACUCGAGGAGAAAAAUUCGCCGAUCGCUAAAAAUGGUGAGACUGUCCUCGUCACAAGAACGUGCAACUACAAGAUACAGGACCAUAUUUUAAGAUCUUAAACAUAAGUGGCUCGCUAGUCGUGACAAUACUUAAAAAUAAUAAUUUAAAAAUUAUAGCGCGUAAAUAUACCGUAUUUCCUCGAAUAAUAGGCGUCCCUCGAUUAAUCGCCUCCUUCGAAUAAUCCCCCCUUUUGAUGCCAAAAAGGAAAUAAUCGCCCUCGUCCAUUAUUCGACGAAAUACGGUUUGUAAAUGUAAUGACAAGUGUUUUUACGAGAAAGGUAUAAGACCUGGCUAUAAGUAUGACAGACAUAAAAAAGAUGUAAAAGUAUAAAAUUUAAACAACAAGUUAAUGUAUACCAGUUCAUAUGAAUGCACGUCUAUAGAAAGUAUAUAAGGUACAGUUAUAGGUGUACAGUUUAGUGGCUCGAUGGGUCGUCCGUCGAGGUUAGCAUCUUAAAGAACGAGAAAGGUAAAUAUUUUAGGGGCUCGGCUGCUUGCUUUGUGACUCUUCAGUCGAGGUUUAGUGGGCUCGGUGGCUCUGCCGAGCCACUGAGCCACCCCAAAGAACAUACCUAGAAAAGGUGCCCUGUAUUCUGUAGUUUAAUAAUCCCAGUCCCUUGAAUGAAGGACAAGCUUGAUAUGUCUGUCUUUUAGCGUCUCUCGUUCCCAGUCUUGGAAAAAAUAGACGUAAAAUUAAGAGGUCCUUCUUCCACCAGAUCAAGAAUGCGAAAAUGACGUCUUGGCCUUCUCGCUUCUUUUCUCUUGCGGGGUUUGGCGGUUGGUUUCCAUUUUAUUCUGCCCAGGGGCCCGUUUCUCGAAAGUCCCGGUAACUUUUCGGGCCCGAAAACACACAUUCAAAUCGAAAUUCGAAAUAUAAAGAAUAAGAGCGCGGGUCCUGGCUAGCAAACUACUCCAUUUUGUUUCAUUAACUGAUAGUAGGUUUGUCAUGUUAGAUAUAAAACUAUUGAAACCUUUAUCUUGCAUGUAGAAAACAACAGCUUUACGGGCCCAUUAAUUAAAUACCUCUUGUCAGGGCUUUUCUCUUAGAGCCUGUUUACAUGGAGUGGGGAAGUCCGGUCUAGUGGGGUUGAUUAAAUCACGCUCGUGACACAAAACAAAAGAAACCUACCCCAGGGCUUUUCUCUUAGAAAAUGAAUUCGGCCCUGCGGAUGAGGUUCACGUGAAGUGAGUAACAUAUUUGUCCAGGUAUUCUUAUGAUACAUUUUCUGCGUGAUAGGCAAAAAGAAAAGUGCUGCGCCGUCCGACGACAGCAAGAUCAGAUUGAUUCAUCCGGACCAUGUGCGAGUUUUAAUCGGGGACUUGUCGGACGGUGUUGCCGGAGACGAAGAUUAUUCUGAGGCAGAAGAAGACGAUGAAGAAGAAAGCGAAGAAGAGGAAGAGGUGUGAAACUUAGCGUAUAAUUAAGCCAUAUAAAACGUUUUCCGUGUUUGCAUAAGCCUGAUAUAAACACGAGAGGGGUUGGUAGAAUUCGAGACAGUUAUGCAAACCCGAGACGAAGUCGAGGGUUUGCAUAACUGUCGAGAAUUCUCCCAACGCCUCGAGUGUUUAUAUCAGGUUAUGCAAACACAGGAAAAAAGUUUUCUAUUGCUUUUAUAAAAUAAAUUUCCGGAGAAAAAACGCAAAACUGUUUGUAUGGCACUGAUUAAAAGAGAAAUUAUUACCAGCCGCGAAGUCUUGUCCACGAAGUCUUGCACGCGUAAUCAGUUCUUGUUUUGCAAAAAGAUGCUUUCCAAAAUACGGACUUUUCUCGCUUAAAAUGUCGGCUUAAGCGAAAAAAAAUUGACACAUUUAAAACUCACUUUCUUUGUAACGAUUUCCCCAGUUUCAGCCGACGAAGGAAUGGGUAAAUAAAGUACACUUGUCGAGUUUUGAACUUGAAAACUUUUUCAAAUUCGUGCUUGCGUGAUUAGCGCGCGAAAAGUGUUUACAUACUCUCAUGCAAACACUCCUCUCAGCCAAUCAGAGCGCGCAUACUAUCUUAGUUAUUUUAUAAUUCGUAAUGGUACUAUCUCGCUAGUCCCCUGCGGCCCUACAUAAAAACUGUGCUAGGUAUGUGCAGCACUAACCUUCCUGCCUCGUCCACGAACUUUUUCAAGGAUGAGCGGAGAGCACAGCCUUAAAGCGGGGUAUUGGAAAUGAGCUACAAGCGCGAAUGGGGGAUGAUUGGAACGAACGCAGAGCGCUUGGGAUGCAGCUAGCCUCCGAUCCCAUGCAGACGUUCUAAGAGCUACGUCACGCGUUACUCUCGAACAAAUGGCGUUCGUGGAGAAGAAGCGCGUGACAGACUGGCAGCGCCAAAGCGAAGUAACGACAAUGACACCUUUUGGCUGGAUUUCCACUGUCGAGUAAUUUUGACAUGCGCACGCAUGUAAAUUUUACGCGCGUAACUAAAAUAGAGGUGAUGUAUGAAAGGCCGCGCGUAAAUGUAAAAGUUGAGCGAGAUUCAACUUUUACGUUUACACGUUACCUUCCUUACAUUGCCUCUUUUUUAUUCAGGGGCGGACCGUUUGACUUUUGAGGCGUGGUAUGGGUGAUUUCAGAAAAAAUAUCUUGCAGUAGGAUUGCGAGCAAAAAAAACUCUUAAAAGAAAAUACGUGCCAUACAAUGGGUUACUUUGUACGUCAGGGAUUCGACUUUCGCGUAAUUUUUUUCGUGCAAACGCCCGUAAAUUUUGCUCACGUAAAUAAAAUAGAGGCAAUAGAGAGGCUAAACAUCACGUUAACGUCAAACGGCAAACGCGAAUUUGUGCGUUGUGACUAAGUUUCCCCUUAACUUGUCGUGUACUGUUCAUUAUUUCUACAAAUAAUUUAGUAGUUUAAUGCAAUUUAUUAUCCAUAAGGAUUGUUUUGAGCUGUUUUUAUCGGCUCAUUUUUUUUUGGAGAAAUUCUCUUUUUGAAUCUGACGUUUGCCGUAUACACGUGAAGCUUGAACUCUCUAGUGCACAGAAGGUCACGCAUAAACGUAAAAGUUGAAACUCGCUCAACUUUUACAUUUACCCGUGGCCUUUCAUACAUUGCCAUUAUUUUAUUUACGCGCGCAAAAUUUACGUGCGUAUGCACGUAAAAAUUACGCAACAGCGGAAACCAACCCUUACUGAGAGAGGUGUCUCAUGCUAACUAUGUUAGGAGGAACCGGAGGAGAGUGAGAAAGGGGACAAGAAAGGUACGAACAAGAGCGACAACAAAGCAAAGCAGAAAGCUAAGAAGAAAGAGAAAGAGAAAGACACGAAAAAGAAAAGUAAGAAUGAUGAAUCAGAUAAGGAAGAAGACGAAGAAGAGAUGGAAGAAGACGAGGAGGAAGAGGAUGAUUACGAGGAAAGUGGAGAUGGAGGUGAAGGAUUUGGAGGAGAAGAGUAUAUUUUGGUUCUUCAUUCAGUAAAGAACGACAGGUCCAAGCACAUGAUGGGCGACAAGAGUGUAAGUACCCUACCGUUUAAUCCUCUGUAAAAAAACUUCUCCCCCGGAAGCUUAUUCGUUUCAAGCACAUUUGAGGGGAGGUUAAUUGAGACGGAGGGGCUUUAAUGCCUUUUCAACAACCUACCAGGAGGUAUCAAUUGUCUUUAAAAGAAUUAGAAUGUAAAGUGGACAAGGUCAAGCACAUGAAGUUGGAGUUCAUGUAGCCGUGGAUGAAAAACAAACCCGAUGUUGCAGCGCUGCGAGUUUGUGUACGGUUGAUCACUGACCAAGCACGCGAAACUAAUGUGGGGUAUUUUUCUAUAGCAGUAGUGAUAGCAGUAAUAAAACUACUAUUUUAGUAGUGCAAAUACAUUUUUUCAUGUCUCGUUGAGCAGUGUUUCCUCUUAAUAGUAUCAAAUACACUUUAAGUGCCCACUUAAGUAGGUCACUUACGAAUUUUGGGUAGGUCCAUGUCUCGUACCUUUUAAACGAGUCUUGGGCAGUGUUGAAAUUUGCAUGCAAUCGUUAUUUUUCUUUAAUGUCUACUGAAAAUGAUAAUUCUUCUUCUUUUUUCACAAAAGGGCCAGGUUCGCUCGGCGUUAACUAAUUGUAUUAUUAAUUCUCACGGCCAUUUCUCUCAAUUAUUUAUUCAUAUUGUGAGGAGAAAAUUGAUAUUGAUCAGCUUACAGACUUGCAGAAAUGGUAAACUGAUUCUUGAUACUUUCAUUGUAGCCUUGUUCAAUUUUGAAGUUCCCCAUCCGAUACAAGGAGGCCCUGCGACAGAUCACAGCAGACCGGGAGGAGUACAUCACCGUCAACAGCCUACAGCUUUCAGACAAGGAGCGUCAUUCGUUGGUGACUUCGUUAUGGAAAGAAGGCCUAUUAGAAAUGGAGUAACUGUGGAACUUGAGAAAUCAACCGUUUAGUCUACCAUUUCUGUUGACAAACUUAAAGAUGUUCGUUGCGUUUCUUCUCGUAUUUUUGGAGCCAUAACCAUUCUUUCGGCGGAACCUGGACUAGGCGUUUUGUUUAAAUUGCUUUAAAAUGUGUUGAGUCAUCAGAUUUAGAAGGAAACGACCAAUUUGUAUCUUGAGCGUCUGGUAAUAGCGUGACAGACAAUAGCGUAAAACGUAAAAGCCCCUCUUUUCACAAGUUUCGCAGUUUGGUUGGUUAAUAUUUAAGCGCUUUGACCUUAUCCAAUGUAUGUACCUGAUUUAAUAAAAGUUGCUUUGGCCAUAGGCCAUUUCUGAGUUCCAAAAACUCUCAAUUUCAAAACGAAACCAAGUUUAAAUUCUUUUUAGCGAUAAUGACUUUCAUUUGCAUAAGAGCAAAGAAACGUUAUCAAAUCAAUUAUAGCUUCAGACUUAGCCUCGCUUUGAACAGAGGCUUAAGGCUACUCGAAAAUAUAGCCUAUUACGCCUUGGGAAGCUAUACUAUUGUUUGGCCACACAAGCAUUUCAUUGCCUGAGUUUCGUUUGUCCUAAUGCCCAGUUGCCAAAGCAACCUUUUCUGAAUUAGGUAUGGGUCAGUUUCGCUGUGGCGCUCACGAGCGUAACCGCGGCUAUGUAGACUAAGGUGUGGUUAUUGUUUCAUAGUAGUAUGAAUUAAAAACGUUCCGGCGACCUGGUAUCACGGGGCAUGCCGUUGAGUUUAAAAUUUAUUUUAGUCCUUUCACUGAAAAAUGAAGGAAAGGUCUGUUAAGUUGUUGUUGAGUUAGUUGUUAAGUAAUUAUAAUCUACCAAUUACCAGGGGCUUGUUUUUGAGGAAAAUCGUGAAAUAUCCAAUUAUGGGUAUUCACAUUUCGUCCUAAAUAUAAUAUUAGCAUAUUUAUGCUAGUUAAUGGUCAUAAUGCAAUUAAACAAGAGAGACAUGUCUACGAAAC